CAUACGCAUCAAACCAUUAGCCCAGGAACGUGUGUUUCGCGCUUCGGACCGUAUCAAUUUUGCGCCAGUUUACUGUGACGUUUCCGUACGCCGCGUGCAAAAUCCCCAUCGUGUCCACGAUAAACUACCACAAGCAAGCGUUUUGAAUUACGCAAUAACGGCAACAACCGGAGAAGCGACGGUGAUAACAAAUCAAUCCAACAAGAUGGUGAUAGCGACGAAGAUUCGUACCAGCAGCAUUAGCAGCAACAUUCAGGAUAGCAUUGACGCAAAGUUGACGAAUAUGUUCAUCGACUCGAGCGACAAGGACACCACCGGUGGGAUGGUGCAGGAACCGAUCGGUGCAACCGUUCGCCGUGCGCUCGUUACCGCAAACCGUGAGGACCGUGCCAUCGUCGGAUUGUCUGAAUCGAUAAACGCCCUUUCAAAGACGCCGGAAGAUUUUCUCUUCUGCUUUCUGGCUGCUUCAGGAAAUCCGGCCAACCACAUGCAUCAGGUGUUGCUGGAGGCGUUCUGUUUCGAGCAUGACAUUUACAUAAUUAAGGUUGAUAGCGCAGAAAAGUUAAGUCGAAUGCUCGGUACGCAGCGCAUUGAAUCGUGUGCCUUGCUGCAGAAGAGCUGGUCCGAGGAAUGUAACGAAACCAUCACCGAUGUGGAGGACCAGCUCGUUGACUACUGCGAGGAACACUGGGAAUCGCCCAUUAAGCCCAUUAUUAAGCUACCGGAAAAGUAACCCCGCCACAUGCUCAGUAUCCAAGUGAUAAUGUGGAAAUACCUACAAAAAAAUCUUUGCUGAUGGUGCAGAGUGUUCCUGCUGCUAGGAGAAGAUUUACCGGUUGCUCCAGUACUUUGAUUCAUUGCCAUCGGACGGAUGGAUAUCAAGAAUCGAAGCAUACCGAGAUCGAGCAAGUGUGAUCAUACCAGUGAUAACAAACGUUUGAUUUCGCUGAACUGUACCAGUGCGGUGCAAAAGUGAGCCCAAACCAAAAGCUUCUGCAUGGAUAAAUCGUUACACUCAGUGAUCAACCAGAGACAAUCAUAAGAACUAUCGUGCAAAAGCCGUGUUCCAAAGCCGCAUAUUCCGAAGGGUGUCGUUAUAGACAUUGAUAAGGAAAAGUGCCAGACCACAGUGCGUGUGUUUCUGUGUAUAGCAUGCAACAACACGUGUAAAAUAGUGCUAGCGAUUUAGUUUAGCAUAGCAAAAUCUAAAUAACAAAUGUAACAAAUGAAGUACAAUAAACUUACUACA